AUGAAAGCUAAGAAGAAAAUAGAUGUUAGUAUCAUCAAGGCAAGAGAAGAAAAAAAAAAGAAAAAAAUUGAAAAAUUAUUAAAAAAAAGGUUGAGGCUUAAUAAGGAGGAAAAACCUAUUGAAGAAAAUGAGAUUCCUAUUUGCUUAAUGGAAGAUAAUAAACAGCAAAGAAGUAGAGAAAUUAAUAUUUCGGAGAAUGUUUUAUACGAGAGGAUGAAAAUAUUAAGAGAAUGGAGUAAAGUAAAAAGUAAUGAAAUGAAGUCUGAUAUAAUGCUUAUUAACAGGCUUAUAACAUCUCAAAAACAAGCAUUGAAUGAAUUAAGAUUAGAAUCAGAAGAAUUAUACCAAGCAGCAGUUAGGAUUGAUGAAAAAUUAAUUCCUUUUCAAUUUAAUGGACCAUCGGAAACACCACCAUUAGAAAAUUAUCCCAUUUGUGAUGGAGAAUACAUUGAUAUAAGUAAAAAAUGGUUGUAG